UGAAUCGACCUCGUAUUGUUGCUGAAACUGGAAUUUGCCACGACACCUUUUGUCAAAAUACUGCAGCUGCAAAUUAUGAAAUAUAUUUCACAUUCCAGAAUAACGACUGCUGUAUAAGGAUUUGCUAAAGGAUGGUAUUUACAGUGGGUAACGGAUCAUCGUGGUUUAAAUGAAUUCCAUAGGUCUGGCCUACCUACUGAAGAUGGGAUGUGUUUGUGGUAGAGAAAGUCUACGAAUCAAUGAUAGACGUUUUAUUGUGCGCUCCAGACUUGGAGAAGGAGGGUUCAGCUUUGUUGAUCUCAUCGAAGAUGCACGUACACAUAGAACAUAUGCUCUAAAGCGGAUUACAUGUCACUCCAAGGAUGAGGAACGGACAGCUAUGCAGGAGGUGGAGUUGAUGAAGACAUUCAAACAUACAAACCUUAUUCCUCUUGAAGCAUCAUCCAUGAUACAAGUGGACAAGUAUACCAAGACACUUGACAUCAUUAGCGAAGUCCUCAUAGUGAUGCCCUGCUACAGUAGAGGAUCAGCUCAAGAUAUAAUGGAGAGACUGGUGAAAAAAGGAGACAAAUUACCAGAGGAAAAGAUAUGGGAGAUUUUCCUCGGUCUGUGUCAGGGCCUCAAAGUACUCCACAAACACAAUCCUCCUUAUGCACACAGAGACAUUAAGCCUGGCAAUGUGAUGCUGUCAGAUGAUGGACAAGCUAUUUUGAUGGAUCUGGGUUCAGCAGCCAAAGCCAGAGUCGAGAUCAGUACGCCGUCUAUAGGGAGAGCAUUACAGGAUGAAGCAGCAGAAAGAUGUUCCAUGUUAUACCGAGCUCCGGAACUCUUUAAUGCGGAGGUGGGAACAACUGUGGAUGAACGGACAGACAUCUGGUCUCUCGGCUGUACCCUGUAUGCAUUGGCAUUCCUCGAGUCUCCGUUUGAUCGUGCCUAUCAGAGAGGAGACAGUAUCGCCUUGGCUGUGCUCAGUGGAAAUGUCAAGUUUCCAGAAAAUUCUGGAUAUUCAGGCGGCAUACAGGAGACGAUAUUACGGUUGAUGAAGCCUAGUGCUGCAGAACGUCCAUUCAUAGAUGAAGUUUUACAACUAGUGCAGACAAAUUCUUACUCCUCCAGUAAUCGAGUAUGACCAAGUCUGAAGUCAAUAUAAAAGUAAAUUCAGUUGUGUUCAGCAUGUCAGGUAAUCAGCUAUAAAUAUUCAUACAGAAACCCAAUUAGUGAAUUUAGAGGCUUACUUACAUGAUAAGUAUGGGACCAAGUGUGUCAUCAGUAGAUGUAAUCAUUUCCAUUGUGUUCAAACUUUCAAAAUCCAAGGGUUUCAUUAUUGAUGCCUGCGAAAUUCUCUCUGCACUCUUGGAAUAUGUCAUAACAGAAUUAAAGGCUUUCAGUUAAAUAUUUCAAUUUGAUAGUUUUCAAAUAAAAAAACAAAUCAUGAAUUGUCAAGCUAAUACAUUUUUACAAUCAAAACUUUACUAUUACAUUUCGACCAAAACUGAUAAUUUUACAUAUUUUUUUUGUGCUGUUUAAUUAAGAUAUUUCUACGUCUGUACAAGUAUCAAGGCAAGCUUAUUUAUUCCUAUCCUCAAGAUAGCUCAUACAAAGCCUUGAAUUUUGUCAUUAAGGGUGCAAAGAAGAUAUCAUGUGCCAUUUUCAACCUAAUAAGCCUACUGGCCCCUAUAAGCACACCCGGAUCUUUCUUCAGGGAGAGAGGAUGGGUGCGUUUUAUUUGAAAUUGAUAAAAAGAUCCUUACCUCACUAAUCUACCAACAUAAUUUUCAGUCUUUUAAUCAAAGACUCUAGAUUGUUAUCACUACAUUAAGAUAUGUAAAUGGAAAAAAGGUUGUUUUUUUCUCACCCAGAUUUCACAUAGAAACUUUUCCCUGUACAUGGUUUUAUUGAGCACACAGUGUGCUUAUUAGGUUGAAUACAGUAUAUCAAGACCUGAACCCUUGUAUUUCGAAGAUGUUUCUUUCAUAGAAUGUUAUUACUUGAAGUUCCAAUUAGUAUAUAGAUUUUAAUUUCAUGUUUUUAACACAGGAAAGUCAGUAUAUAUAUAUAUAUAUAUAUAUAUAUAAAGAAUGUUAUUUAGAACUGACUAGUACAAUAAGCAGUAUAAAGAAUAUCAUUGUCAGGAAUAAAUUGAAAUAGUUUUUGAAGUAGGUUGUAAAUUUUGUUGCAAAUUAUUUAUGAUUUUUGAAGACUUUCAUUUAUUUCAUAAAAAAUGACUUCUGUGUUAUAGGCUGUUCACAUUUCAUUAGAUAUUUAAUGAAUAUGAUCAUAUUUUUGUUACCAAGUUUAUUCAGAGUGCUUUAUAAAUUUUAUAUUUAUUCAUAUAGUUAUGUCUUUUUGAACAUUUUUUUCAUCUUUUGUUUUACUUUUCCCAUUUUCUCUGUAUCCUAGUACCUACUAUUAGAAAAAUUUUCCACAUGGUAUCUCAACCCUUGAGGUAAUAUUUUAGGUCAUCCUGACCAGAGACGUGUAUAUCAGAUAUCUGAUAUACAUGUCUCUGUCCUGACCCUCAACAAAAGGUUAAGGUUUUCUGUCUUGAUCAGAUUAUCUCCCCUCCUACUGGUUUUCAGCCAUCUGUUUGUGACCACAAGUUUGUCUAAAGGACCCCUCCUUAUAAUUACCUCUCAAAAUAUAUCUUUUAUCUAUUUUGGAACUUUGUGCACAUGAUCCUUACCCAAAAUUUUAUCUUUAUGAUUUCCUUGAGAGGUAAGUUCCUUUUUUUAUGGAUAUAAUAAAAUAAACAUAUGUGUAGGAACAGCGCUGUUAAAUUAGUAUCAGAAUCAUAAUUCAAGGUUAUUCUUCCCUCCUCUUUUAGAAAUUAUAUUUUUGUUAAAACGAAAAAUUGUAUAAGCUUACAA